CAUCUGAAAUGGGGCGUGGUUUGUGCACUCCGGUAAAUAGGGGGGACAAGAUGGCAGCACCCAUGAGCAUCGUGGAAGAGAUCAGGACUCGGGUGAUUUUGCAAGAAUUUGGCGUAAAAAAUGUUCACACGACGGACUACCCAGGAAACUACCCGGGUUACGAUGACGCGUGGAACAUGGCUGACUUUAAAAAGAACUUCAGAAUCGACAUCGUGGACAUGGACGAGAACACCAUGGAGUUCGACAUGGUCGGGAUAGACGCUUCCAUCGCCAACGCCUUUAGACGGAUACUACUGGCGGAGGUGCCGACCAUGGCGGUAGAGAAGGUGUUCAUCUACAACAACACGUCCAUCGUACAGGAUGAGAUCCUGGCCCACCGGCUGGGCCUCGUACCCAUCAAGGCAGACCCGCGUCUCUUUGAGUACCGCGAUGCCGGCAACGAGGGAGAGGAUGACGAGGAGGGCUCAGAGAUAGACACCAUCAAACUGCAGCUGAAGGUGAAGUGCAGCCGGAACCCCCGCGCCACUAAGGACUCGGCGGACCCCCGAGAGCUCUACCUCAACCACAUGGUGUAUUCCAAGGACAUGAAGUGGGUUCCGAUCGGGAACCAGGCAGACGUGUUCGCAGACAUCAACAUCGGCCCGGUGCAUGGAGACAUCCUAUUGGCCCAGCUGCGCCCGGGCCAGGAGCUGGACAUCGUCAUGCACUGCGUCAAGGGCAUCGGUCAGGACCACGCCAAGUUCUCCCCGGUGGCCACGGCCAGCUACCGGCUGCUGCCCGAGAUCUCGCUGCUGGAGACGGUGGAGGGCGAGAAGGCCGAGCGCCUCCGAGGCUGCUUCUCCCGCGGGGUCAUGGAGCUGGAGGACCGUGACGGGAGGAAGUUUGCCAAGGUGGUGAACAGCCGUCUGGACACGUGUAGCAGAGAGGUCCUCCGCCACGAAGACCUCAAGAACCUGGUGAAGCUGGCCCGGGUCCGAGACCACUUCAUCUUCACCGUGGAGUCAUCUGGAGUGCUGCCUCCGGAUGUUCUGGUUACAGAGGCCAUCAAGGUCCUCAUGACUAAGUGCUCCAGGUUCCUCAAUGAGCUCAACACUUCGAACAUGGAAUGAAGAGAAACCACUCCCGAGUCCCGCCCACAAACGGAAUGAACGACCAAUGAGGUGGUCACAAUGUGCUUGCGGCCCGUCUCAUUGGUCGGUCUUCCAGGAUUCAAUGCUGUGCUUUAGGAAGUGUAGUUUAGGAUUUCUCUACUAACCUGCGAGUUCUGCUUGGUUGGUGGACGUACCGAUAUAUAAAAUGUAAAUAUGCGCUUUGUUUUUGUAUUUCUCUGAGAGAUCUCCUCAGUUUCGACAGAAGUUUAAGUUGGCUGACUGCAUUCUAGGUGAUAUGUUGAUUCAUGGAUGCUGAAUAAAGAGGCUGGCGUUAUGGUGGUUCAAGAUUGA